CUCUUACGCACGCACUCGCACUGGCAGAGCUGGCCCGUUCCUUCGUUCGCAGGUCACAACGCUGUGCGUUGUUGGAGAGAUGGCUAUCUUCGGUCGUCUCGUACUCGCCCAGGCGAUAGCGGUCCUCGUACUACCCGCAUACGGUCAGACACAGAUUCCACUGUAUAACACUGCGUUCUCAGAUACGACGACUCCGAGCAAGCAUGCCAUCACCUCCGAGCUCUCGGAGUUUAUUUUUGGUCUCAUGAACUCGUCGGGGAUUCCAGGCAUCUCCUUGGGCGUGGUGCACACCGAUGGCGCGGAAGUGCACAUGAAGCCAGAGGUCGAGCUGAAGUCUUGGGGCCGCAUGACUGAGGACGGCGACGGGACUGAUCUUACUUCUGAUGCACUCUUCGACCUGGCAUCAUGCUCGAAAGCCUUCCUCGCUAGUGCCAUGGGCAUCCUUAUGGAUGACUUCGCGGAGGGUCGCAACGUCACGCCUCUCCCUUCGGGGGUUACCAAGUUCGACUGGCAGACCAAGGUCAAGGACCUACUCCCAGAAGAAUGGGCGCUCGAAGACCACUGGGCGAGCGAGAAGGUCAACGUACGCGAUGCGUUGUCGCAUAUGACUGGUAUGCCGAGGCACGACUAUUCGUAUGCGCCUGGUGAUACACUGUCGGGCCUCGUGAAGAAUCUGCGCAACCUUCCUCCUGCCUAUGAACUUCGUCAGAAAUGGUCCUACAACAACCAGAUGUACAAAACGGGCGCAUACCUGAUUUCCAGAUAUGCCGGCAAGUCCUACACGGACUUCGCCACAGAGCGGCUUUUCGCGCCCAUGAACAUGACGCACACAACGUUCUGGCCCAACGAGGCACGCGAGGCCGGGUUGUUGACACAGGCGUGGACGAAGUUCGGGAGGCUGAUACCGUUCUGGUUCGACAACGAGGUCGUAGAGCUCAUGGCCGGCGCUGGAGGAAUUAUCUCGAGUGCCGAGGAAAUGACGAAAUGGUUGACCGUGCUCCUAAACAAGGGCAUCGACCCCGCUUCCAACGAGACCAUCAUCCCGCGCUCCGCGUUCGACGAGAUCACCACCGCGCACGCAAUCAUCGCCGGCAGGCCAAUGACGCCAGAGAUGUCCGUCAUGGGUUACGGCCUCGGCUGGCAGCGCCUCUCCUACCAGGGCCACGAUAUGCUGACGCACUCCGGGGCGAUACCUGGGUUCUCGACGCGGGUCGCGUUCUUGCCUGAGGACGGCCUGGGGAUCGUCGUGCUGGCGAAUGCGGAUGAGAAGGCGAGCGCGAACGACGCUAUCAUUCUGAGGAUCGUGGAGGAUGUGCUGGGACUGAAGAGGGUAGAUAGGGGUGUGGUAACUGACGCCAGCGGAAGAGCUGUGUCUGAAAGGGAAGUUCAGACCUCGCUCGUAGACAAGCAGCAAAGCGACGAGACUGCUCCCCUCCCAGUCGAUCUCGACCUCCUCUCGGGCACCUACGCCAACGCGGGCUACGGCGCGCUCAUCCUCUGCACAGCCCAAAGCACAUCACACCACUGCCUCUCCGUCCUCUCCUCCUUCGCACCCUUUAUCCCACAAACGCCCUUUCCCUCUCCCAUUCCCGUGCCCGCACCCGCCCCGCAGACGCAGCCCGCGCUCUACGCGGCCUGGCCGCGCAUCUGGUCGACACACGUCCGGUUAACGCACGCGACGGGCACUGAGUUCGCGCUGCAGUUUACGGCGCUGUUCCCAGAGGGAUAUGGGGCCAACCGGACAGCAUUCGAGACGAGCGAGACGGGGGAGAGCGAGGGCAGGGCGGUGUUCGUGCUCGACGGCGACGGCGAGAGCGUCAGCGUGCAGGGGUUCGGGUUAGAGAUUGAUGCAGAGGCGGUGGAGGCCAGGAAGCGCGUUGGGGCGAAGAACGUCAGGGAGUGGGCGGACGCGUGGUUCGAGAAGGUGUGAGCGGGACCGCUGGGUGUAUUCUGGUGGACACUCUGUGUGUGUCCUGUGAAACGUGCAUUGCCGCGUGUUGUGAAGGUUUGUUGUAGCGCUGGACUGUAUAGGUAGGUGUUGUAUUUCCUGUAUCGGUUCCGCACACGUCGGGAUGUCACAUUAUUUGUCAUAAUUUUGAAGGAAGGCGAUGCACCCGCUGCGAUGAUCCUAGAGGUCGCCCGUGAAUCGUGGGUGGCCAAAAUAUGAAAUGAAACUGCGCACGGGUCCCUA